AUGGUCGCGCUCAAUGUCCUAGUCUACAGCGGCCCAGGCAUCGGCCCCAAUGCGCACGCAUACCUGCUCCGCACGCUCCGGCAGUUCCUCUCGCACCGCUACGCGGUGAUCCCGCCCUGGGAGAGCAAGGCUGCACUUCUGGUGAUGCCGGGUGGUCGCGACCAGCCAUACGUAGCCAGCCUGUCAGGUGAAAUCAACGCUCGUAUCCGGCACUGGAUCUCCCGGGGCGGCCGGUACCUGGGCUUCUGUGCGGGCGGCUACUAUGGCAGCGGACGGUGCGAAUUCGAGCCCAAACACUGCGAUGGAAGUGAUGGGGGAGCGCGAGCUGGCGCUGCCUACCCGGGCUACCACUACAAGACCGAGGACGGGGCGCGGGCGGCCGAGGUGACAGUAGACCAGGAAAAGUUCAGGGUGGGCCAAAAUUACUGGCGCAACGACCCAAAGAACGUCCGCAUAUACUAUAACGGCGGCGGCUACUUUCUGACCGACGAUUUCCUGGGAAAGCCGGCGAGCAAGGAUGUAGAGGUGCUGGUGCGGUAUGCGAAUGACGUGACGGAUCCAUACGACCGCUCCAAACGCGUGGCCAAUGCUCCGGCGCUGAUUGCCUGCCGGGUGGGCCGCGGACAAGCGAUCCUGACCGGACUGCACCCCGACUACACGAUGCCGUAUAACCGGCAGCUGAUAGCGCAUCUGCGCGCGCACGACGCGUUCCGCCGCCGCCUGCUGGGCGCCAUCUUCGCGCACCUGAAUAUGCACGCCGACGCCCACUCGAUGCGUCUGCCGGCCCGCACGCCGACGUUCCUGGCGCCUGCGCGCGCCCAGGGCGUUGCGCAGAUCUCGCAGGCCAUGUAUGGGAUUUCCAGCGCGGCCCAGAAGACUACGGCAGGCGAUGCGGUGCUGAGGGAUGCGAAGGAGGACAUCCACGUGAUUUCGGCCUCCCCCGGGGUGUCGCAGCGCCGCGUCCCGCAGCAGUACCAAGCCACGGUCCUGAAGCCCAAGCAGCUGCGGCCCAUAACCGAUGACGGCGAGACGGAGCCUCGAGCGCGAAGGCUCGAUCCUGGUAUUACGCCGCGGUUCGACAUGCAGCUGGCGAUCACGUACAUGCAGCAGCACCGCGCGCACACAUGCGGCUCCUGGCUGAUGUACUCGGACACGACGUCGUCGACGCAGACGUUCCUGGAGAGCAACACUAGGCUGCAGUCGCUGCUCCCGAACGGGACGGUGAAUGUGGCGACGGUGCAGCUGGCGGGGCGCGGGCGCGGGCGCAAUGCGUGGGUGGCGCCGCUCGGCUGCCUGCAGUUCACGAUGCUGCUUCGGCACCCGGGCUCGAAAAAGGCGCCGGUUGUGCUGCUGCAGUACCUGGUGUCCCUGGCCAUUGUCGAGGCAGUCAAGCAGCGGCCCGGGUAUGAAGACCUGCCUAUGCGGCUCAAGUGGCCGAAUGACCUGUACGGCCGCCAGGAGCCGCUGGUGGACUCGGAUGACUCGGAUGCGGACUCGCCCGAGUUUGUCAAGCUGGGCGGGGUGCUGGUCGGCUCGUCGUUCAAGAACGGCGAGUUCUCGCUGCUGUUUGGGAUGCGGCGUCAAUGUGGCCAACCCGCUGCCCACGACUACAACGACAGCCACGGAACCAGUCUGCCGGCCAUCCCGAUGGAGCUGGCAUUGGCGCUGAUCACGGCCAAGUUCGAGGAGUUCUACCGCAAGUUCCUGGUCAUGGGCUUCGCGCCGUUCCUGGACAUGUACUACAAGAACUGGCUGCACUCGAACCAGAUCGUCACGCUGGUGGACCAGGGCCACGAGCGCGUGCGCAUCACCGGCGUCGACCCCGACACCGGCCUGCUGCUGACCCGCAGCAUCCACAACCCGAACGCCCACUACAGCCUGCAGCCCGACGGCAACUCGUUCGACAUGCUGCAGGGCAUGAUCAGCCGCAAGACAUAG